UAUGGAUACAGUUCGUGGACAUAGAGAGAGGGAGAGGAAUGAACUGCAUUUGAUUAAGCGAUCUUAGCUUAGCUAGCUGGAUAGAGAUCUCACAGCUAGCAUUCGAUUGAUCCUACUGUACAAGAUAACCAAACAAAUGGCAGCAUGCGUUAGGAAUGAACUGCACGAUAAUUUAUACGCUUAUCGCCCGGCUAGAUGCCAAAGCAUGUGCAGCGGCCGCGCAGCCUCCCCUCUCCUCCCUCCCUCCCUCCCACUUCCCUAGCCCACAGCCAGCGCCAGCCUCCCCUCUCCUCGCGCGGCCGCUAGUCGCGACACCAACCAAGGAACCAACCACAUGGCGCGCCUCGGCCUCGGCCUGCUCGCGGCGGUGGCCGUCCUCGCGCUGGCGUCCGGCGCGGCGUCGCAGGCGCCGGCGCCGGCCCCGUCGUCAUCGGUGGACUGCGGGGCGGCGGUGACGGGGCUCCUCCCGUGCCUCUCGUACGUGCAGCAGGGGAGCUCGCAGGGCAAGCCGGCCAUGGAGUGCUGCGCCGGCGUCAAGGGCGCCCUCAAGAGCCCGGCCACCGUCGCCUGCCUCUGCGCCGCAUUCAAACAGAAGUACCCCAUCGCGAUCAACAUGACCCGCGCCGCCACGCUGCCCGCCGCGUGCGGCGAGGACCAGGCCGCCUUCAGCAAGUGCAACAUCAAAGUGCCCGGCGCCCCUACUGAAGGUCCUGCACCUGCUUCUGGAUCGGCACCUGCCGCCAGCAGCCCAGGCGCAUCGAAGUCGGCGGCAGCCCGAUCGCCGGUCUCAGCGUUCGCCGUCGUAGCCGCUGUGGCCGCGCCUCUGCUCUCUUACUACUACCUCUGAAGAUUUGUUGGAUGAUUUGAUUAUUUCGUUUGUGGAUUGCUGUGAAUCUCGUGAUGUGCAUCGAAUUGUGCCAUAAUUCAGUGAGACUUGAAUUGGGAGAGGCUGUUGCUGUUCCUCUUCGCCCGUGCUUGUG